CUCAUCAUAUCAUUCACUUUUGUUCUCUUCCAUGGAGUCUUCUACUUCUCUUCUUCCUUCUCAAUGGUCUAAUCUUCCUUUAGAUAUACUUGAGUUGGUCUCAAAUCGUCUUGACCACGACGGCUCAUCAGACACCGUUGAUCUCAUCUGUCUCCGUUCUGUUUGCGCCACGUGGCGUCUCUUUCUUCCUCUUUCCGACAACAACAACAACAAAAACAACAGUCCUUUUUCAAAAUUCCCAAAGUAUCUUCCUUUUUGGUCAUCUUCUUCUUCAUCAACCUCUGGUUUCUUCAUUCUGAAACAGAGCAGUGUCUAUAAACUCGAAGCUCCAUUGAUGAAUCCGAGUACUUGGCUUGUUAAGCUUCAAGAGACAACAUCUCCUGGGAAAAUGCGAGUCUUGGAUCUCUUCUCAAACGACAGAAUCAGUUUCUUGCCUGAGAAGUUCCCGGAAAAUAUCGAUUUGCAAGAGUUUCAUGUGAGAUUGGUUCGUCGAGCUUACCGUAUGGAGUACGCAAACAAUGGUGGUGGUGAGAUGUCUUCUUGUUUCUGGUCACUGAACUCCGAGAAAGUUGUGAUUUUGUCUUCAGGGGAAAGCUCGAAGUCGGCGUUAAUGGCGAUUCACAGUGGUGGGAAAUUAGGGUUUUUGAAGAGUGGAAACGAAGAAAGAUGGAGGAUUUUGGAUCAUUCGUGGAAUGUGAUCUACGAGGACAUAAUAUUGUACAGAGAGGAGAACUGUUGCAUCGUUGUAGACGACAAGGGUAAAACCGUAAUUUACGAUUUGGAUUUCAAAGUUUCAGAUUUGGCUGAUGGUUUGGUCGGAGGAGGUGGUCAUAAGAAGCAUCUCGUGGAGCGUCCCGGCGGAGAAGUGCUUCUUGUUGACAAAUACGUGAAACACGUCUGGUCCAUAUCGGAGAAUUCGAAAUCUGCGGUGGAGUUUAGAGUUUAUAAGCUGAAGAGAGAAGAGAAGAGAUGGGAAGAGGUGAGAGAAUUGGGAGAUGUGGCUCUGUUUAUAGGAGAUGAUUGUUCUUACUCUGUUCAGAUUCCGGCCGGAGAUUUCGCCGGAGGUUGUAUUUUCUAUAAAGAUUAUAGGAAUGGAGGAAGAAGCAGAGGAGUAUGCUGUGACGGUGAUGGUCUCUUCAAUGUGGACUUUGAGAUGCAGGGUGAUUUUGUGUUUCCUAUAAAGCCCAAAUGUUUUGGCCCAUAAUGUGGAUUUGGACCUCCAAUUCUAUGGUUCAAUUUUUAAAAACAAUAAUUGCGUUUAAGCGCUAGUUGUAAUUGUUAUGCGCUAAUUGUGUCAUGUACAUA